GAGACGCGACGCCAGGAAGAUCAAGAACAGAGAGAGGCUCCCCGGAGCCCCCGGCGCUGAGUACAGGGACGUUGUCCGUAGGCAGCGUUCCUCCCACGAGCCAGGCUCCAGGUCCGAUGGGAGGUAACGCGGUAAAGUGGCUAGCUACCAUGCUGCCCGAAUUUAGUGGAUUUGAAGACGAAAAUGUCAAUGUCUGGAUGCGGAGGGUAAAUAAGGCGGCGCUGGUACACGGGGCGACGGAUGGAGUCACGCUCCUCGCCGCCGCUAGCAAACUCACAAAGUUUGCAAGAAAGUGGUUCGAAGCGAAGGACGAUGAGGUCCUAGAGACGUGGUCGGACUUGAAACAGGAGAUGCCGAAGAUGUUCAACCAAAAAACAUUAGUUCACAAAAUCUUGCAGAAAGUGGAAGCCAGAAAGUGGAACAUGGGCCAAGAGACUUUUGAACAGUAUGCCAUUUCGAAGUGCGCUAUAAUGUGUCAGCUUGAUUUUCCAGCAAGAGAGCAAAUUCACCUGUUAGUAAGCGGAAUUCCGAUAGGCUCGCUGAGAGCGACGGCACUGUCAGUAAAGCAAGACACGCUGGUUUCAUAGAUGAGGUCCGCCCGAUCCUGGAGGCCAGCGCGGACACAAGUAGAAGACCUGCUUCCUCUGUAGGCAGAAGGGGCAUCGAGUGGCGGACUGCCCUAAUGAUAAAAGAAGCGGAGACCAGCAGCCAGCACGGAGGCAGCAACAGACGGCGCAGACGGCAGCGGGAGUAACGGAAGAGGCCACGACGGAUGAGGUGGUAGCAGCCGUGGUAGAUGAGACGGGAGCGGUGCACUUGCACACGGUUCAAAUG